AUGUCAAUCGCUGUUAUUAACUCGGACUCUCUCGCCCUACUAGCCAGCAAGGAGCCAAAUCCCGGAAAACAAGGCAAAACGAUCGUCUGCUCUCCCCAAAGGGCUCUGGAAAUAGAGAUGAGUUUACUGAGUAAAUAUACUAAGCCACAGAAGCGGAAACGAAGCGAUGACGUUGGUGACGAGAUGGCCGCCUCGUCAACACGGUCGAGUCCCUCUCGUUCGGCACCUAGUGCAGAGGUGUUUUCGCCAGAUGAAGUCAGCGUCGCCGGGAACAGCCCACAAGUAGUUGUAACGGGUCGACUCCAGGGUCUCGAUAUUCACGGAAAGGCAAAUCAAGAACAAUCGGCUGUUGCUCAGCCACAAACGCCCCGGUCGGAACCGCUCAGUAGCGAACAUCGCCUUAUGAACGAGACACCAGCAAAACGGUCUAAUACUCGCUCAACAAACAAAAAUGAUUCCUCUAGCUCUUCAAAAAACCCCUCUUCUUCUCAGCGGAAAAGACGCAAAUCCCCUCCACUUACUACGGCACCAGCAGAGAACCCCCUUACAUGGCAUGAUUCAGAGAUAACGGGGUAUGACCCGAUGGACCCAGAUGAUGAUGGAUACGGAUUGGAUGGAAUUGGAUAUAAACCAACUGCGGCAGUUGCAUGGGAUAGGGAACGGUAUAGAGAAAGACAGAUUCAAGACUGGAAGUCCCGGGAAGCGUGUGAAGAGCGUGAGAAGCGGAGAGAGAGGCGGCGCGGCAUUUUCACGGAUAAAUGGAACAGCAAAAAUGAUAGAAAUCGCAAGAGGGUUAAAUUUGAAACGGAGCACGGUCUAGAACCUGCUUCGACUUGA